AUGGAAAGCAGAUGCCUGAGUAGCGCUACGUACACCCAAAAAUGUGUCGAGUUGGACCGCCUGAUUCGCAACCAUCUUAUACAAUGUCACAUAGUCAUCAAAGCAUUGAAAACCCGACUUCAUGAUGCGGAGGAAGAUGUAAAAAGGCUUAAGCACGAUCGUUGCCUACUAAUGACCAAACUGACGGAAGAAAAAUCAAAGUGCGAAACUCUAAAGUCAGUACAUGCCGACCUGGAAAAAGUCAGUGCAAACGAAUUCCAUCGCCAACAGAAGGCUAUCCAGGAGAGGGAAAGGGAGCUUCAAGUGCGUACCAAACACUUAGACGUUAGGGCAAAAGAGUGUGAGCGGUGGGCGCAUCACUUAAAAGGAAUGGAGGACAAGCUUUUUGCGCAGCAGAUUCGGCUCGAGUCGAUUAAAGCUUCGCUUGAAGGUGACAUGGAAUUGGUACAUAGGUGGGUAGAGGGAGGUUACGGUCGUACCGAAAACUUAGGGAGGGAGUCGAGACACUUUCUUGAAAGAUCCAACUCUCAGGCCUUGUGUACCAGGCAUUGUAGGUGUGAUGCCGAAGCUGCCUUCUGCAACGAACGAGAGUGUUUUUACCUUGAGAAGGAAGAAACCCUGCAGCGGCUGUCUAUCAUGCAGCAGGAGUUAUUUUUUGUAAAUAAGAUUAUUUCUUCGCGAGUUUCGCACGUGCUGCUUGUCGAAGAGAAUUUGAUGGGAGUUCAAACAUGGAUCAACAGAAAGGACUUUCGAGACUCUGUGCCUAUUAGAACUAAAGGUGAAGGACCCGUUUACUCCAAACUCACGGAAGGACAGCUAACAAACUCAAAAGGGUGGAUGACAGGGGGGCAGUAUGUGGAGUACCCCAAUGCGUCAGAAAGCGUCAAUUCUUUAGAGGUCGGUUUGUCGUUGAAAGCAGAAGAGUCUCAUUUAGAUAGAUUGAAACAGUUUGAAAAACUUCUGACCAUGUCCCUAGAAGAGUAA